AUGCCUCCCAGCAAUCCGGCCAGGGCACCUGUUGGCCGCGGCAAGACGUAUAAACGCGGUUAUGUGGCUUGUGUGAGUUGCCGCGCUCGCAAGGUCCGAUGUAUUCUUGGUGAUGAGCCACCGUGUGCUAAAUGCGAGCGGGAACAUCGCGAAUGUGUGUUUGAGACGAGCCGAAAGGCGGGGAAACACCGACAGGCUCCAAGAUGGUCACUAGUACAGGAUCAUGUCCCAGAGAGCUCGCAUGGACAGAGCGUCCAGGAGCGACUGUUACACACUUGGCACCAGGACGCAGAUAGGACACCAAGGGUGUUAUCGAGUCCCGUAUCUGAAUCGGACCCACUUCAGGUAACAGAUUCUGACACCCAUGGGAACCCAUCCUUGUCUGGCCGAGUAAUGGCGACAAUUUUGGCGCGACCCAGCGAUGCGUUGGAUGUGCUGUUCGAUGCUGCUCGGCCCGAUAUAGGCGAAUCGCCAUCGUCCCAGACAAGGGAACAGGGAGGUACGACCACAAACAAGACCCAAAUAGUUGUCUCUGCAAGCGGGCUAGUCUCGGUCUUCGGUCUAUCACACCCUAGCGAAUCUGUCCUGGACCUGUGGGACAGGUGUCGAUUUGUACGGCAAGGAUGGUUCACGGCGCAAGAAGCUGUAACGUACAUAGACUUGUUCUAUAAAUAUCUGGCACCUCUUUCUCCUGUCCCUACAGUGGCAUAUCGUGAUCAUAAAAACCAUGAGCAGUUGAUAGUUGAGGAGCCCAUGCUCUGCUGCACUAUGUUAAUGAUAGCUUCACGGUAUUUUGUUUUACCGGGAGCUGGUGGAAUCUCUCGGAGCCAUUUUAUUCACCACCGGUUAUGGCAGUACUGUGAACUGUUAAUCCGCCGUAUUAUGUUCGGGCAGGAAAAGUACUCUACCGCCAAAACCAGGAUUGUUGGGUCAAUUGAAAGUCUUAUUUUGAUCUCGGACUGGAAUCCACGAUCUGUUCAUUUCCCGCCUGAGACAGAGGGCUGGGACGGCGAGCUGAUCUCACCGGCAUACGACCGCCAGAAUCGACUUCAAACAAAUGAAGACGCUCCCCUUGUUAGAUGGCGUGAGGAUGUGUUUGAGCCUGCAAAGCGAUCGGAGCGCAUGUCGUGGAUGCUGCUUGGUGCCGCGGUCACUCUUGGUUACGAACUGGGUGUAUUCGCCGACGGGUACUCCACUACUCCCCUGUUGGCCAACUCUCAGACGGUUCGAGUGCAUCGAGCCCGGAAGUUGCUCUACAGCUAUGUUACCCAGAUGGCUGUUAGGAUGGGCUGCCCCUCCCCUAUCCCAGACAAUAUCCUCUUCGCCCCGGACCCAUCGCAAGGAAAUACAACGGAACUCAUAAAUAGGCAAUGGGAGGUGUAUAUGAAGUCAUGGACGGAAUUGACUCGUCUGAUGAAAACAGCAUCCGCCAUGUUCUUCCAGUCAAUUUCUCAUGUAAAACAGCAGUUAUCAUCCGGUCACUACAGUACUCUCUUACAACAUUUUGCGCCGUCUUUAGCUCGAUGGCAUGAUGAGCUUGAGAAGUCCACCGAUACACACAAAUCCCUUAGGCCAUUGUUAUUAAUCGAAUACCAUCACCUCAGAGCGUACACCAGUGCCCUCGCCAUUCAAGCUGUGGUCGAAAGGGCUGUUGCAAGGGGGGUUAGCUGGAUUGGGGAUACCAGCCGCGAAUCUCUCGAUGGAUGCGUUCUACCUCACGACCAAGAUUUUAUUCGUGAUGUUAUUCUGAGUAGCAGUAAAGUUCUGGAGAUUGCCACUGAUAUGGCAACCAAAGGCAUGUUGCGAUACGCGCCACUCCGAACUCUCGUGUGUGUCACCUCUUCAUCAGUCUAUCUCCUCAAGGCCAUAAGCCUUGGGGCGCACCAUACUGAUCUACAGGCCUCUCUCCAUACGUUAGAUCAAUGCAUCUCAGCUUUGCGGUCGUCCGGUACAGACGACAUGGACUUUUCACUGCGCUACGCGACACUGAUAGAGAAACACGUCGAUCGCUUUCGGGCGAAUUUUAUCUCUGACCAUGUCAUGACUAUGCAUCCAGAUCACCGUCGCUAUAACGCACAAACACCAGAGUCCUUGACACAAGCACAGCCGCGGGAGCAGCCUCUUAUGCACGAUGCGCCCAGCAGCUACUCAGCCCAACAGUCUACCGAUGCUCUUGUCAUGCCGGAGAUGAAUUCAUGGUGGGCUCAGCCGUUCGACCCGAAUAUUGCGCCGUUUAAUUUCAACGGCGAGGGUGUCUCUAUAGGAUUGGAGUUGGAUUCGUUAGAUUUCUUGUUGAAUUUACCGCAGGUGGGAGGCGAGUGA